AUGUGCCCAGGCGGCCAUUCUACUACCUCGGGCUGUCCAACUACCUCGGGCUCUCCGUCUACGUCGAGCUGCCCAUCUACUUCGAGCUGUCCGUCUACAUCGGGCCAUCCGUCUACCUCAGGCGGCCCAUCUACGUCGAGUAGCAGCCACUUUAGCUCGUCGGACGAGCCCUAUGAGAUCGACGGUGUCCCUUACUGCCCUUGGUGUCAUCUACCGCUGCAGCCCAGGCGGUGCGCUAACGGUAGGAUGGAUCAUAUCAACCGGUACUUCGUCGUCUGCGAGAAUGUCCACGCUCAUCCGUUGGGACGGGGCGACAAGCUCAGGAAGUUCUGGCACUGGUAUCCUCUCUUUGAGGCCCCAGAACAUAUCAUGCUCCUCUCAGACAACUCUUGGACUCCUCUAUCCUCGCCCGCAUCAUCUACUCCCGCACGUUCUCCCGCUACCACUAUCCCACUACCAGCUCUUUCUAUUCCUCAAAGUACCCCAUCGGCACCUCCCACUUCGGCUGCUAGUCAGCCAGUACCUCCUUCCCGUACCUAUCCUCCCCUUGGACCCUUCGUGGCCGGUGCCCUCAAGUGUAUUUGGGAAGGCGGCUGCACCAAAUCGGCGCCGAACCAGCGGAACUCACGCUGCUCCAAGACGAUGUGCAAAAAGCAUUGUAUUGCUGCUGACCACAUGGGGUGCUCGACGGCCAAGGACCAUAACCCUGAGAGCGCUGGCAAGCUUCAGAAGGCGACUCUGGCUGCGCAAGUCACUUCUUCCUCGUCAUCUGCACUCCCGCCCUCUGCUCCUGCGUUGUCCAUACCUAUGGCUCGCCCUCCGUCUAUGCAUGUCAGGUAA